CCCCAAAACCAAACACUCUUUGUUCUGUCCUACUGAUGGAGUGCCAAGGGCAUUGCCCAAAUGGACUGGACCACUCUGACGACAUGAUAGCUAUAAGAGUGUUGGCGUCCUGCCUCAUUUACUUUGUGUGAGUUUUUGUACAGUUGGACUGACUAACCCAGAGAGAAGAAGAAGGUAGUCAUGUCGUACCAGACUGAGGUGAUCAGCUCCCAGCCUCAGGUGACCGUCACAAGCUACAAAAUCACCACCGGCUCCUCAUCAUGGAACUCCAACGUGUGCGACUGUUGUGAGGACUGUGGCAUCUGUCUGUGUGGGGCGUUCCUCCCCUGCAUCCUGGCCUGUAAGGUGGCCCAGGACCACGGCGACAGCUGCUGCCUCCCCUUCCUGCCCGGUGCCAUGAUCGCGCUCAGGACCAGCAUCCGCAACCAAUACGGCAUCAGCGGCUCCAUCUGUGAUGACUGGAUAAUCAUGGCCUGCCUUCCCCUUUGUGGGCUCUGCCAAAUGGCCAGGGAGCAGAAGGCAAGAGGCUGAGCAGAAUCGGGGUGCUGGAAGAUUCUCAAACCUCACAAUAAGACAAAAGAAGCACAACAAGUCAUGACACCAUUGAAAUUGUGGAUUAAUCUUACAUCAUCCUAAAUGAAGGUAUAAUUUGCAAUUUUGUUUCUUGGAAACAAAAACAAAAGUAAAAAGAGAUGAGAGAAAAAUAAUCUCAUGCAAUACUAUUUUCUGUGUUUAUUUCUAAUUGUUAUUAAGGCUGAUAGCCUUGUUAUGAUAUACUCAGCCAUGUUUAUGAAUAGUUCAAAUAAAUAGGAUAUUCCUGUCAUAGAGUAGCAUGAUGUUAUUGUGUAUAGAGAAAGUAUUAAAAUGAUCUAUUCUGCCCUGUUAUUUGUUUUAUGUCCACCAACACAUACUGUCUUUAGUUAUGAUUAUAUCAAUAAAAUAUUGUAAAUAAAUAA